AUGGUAAUUGAAACUUUACAAAGUAUUGAUAUUAUUAAUUCAACAGAAAUAAAUCAAAAUCAACUUUAUAAUAGAAAAGUUAUUCCAGAAAAGUAUUUUGUUGCUCCUAAAUAUAAAUUAGCAACAUGUGCUGUUCAUAAAAGUUUCAGUGCUAUGAUUACUAGUAUAUUAUGUUAUUUAGAUGAUGAAAAAGAAUUUUUUAAAAAAUAUAAUCAUUUGGCAGAUUUUACUUUUAAAUUUAAAAGAUGUGUAGAUAAAAAAAAUAACAAUUUAGGAUCUUUUAAUGAAUUAGUUAAAAUUCAUGGAAAAAAUGAUAAAGAUAAUUUUUUAAAUAAUUGGAAAGUUAUUAUGAUUAUUAGAAAUCCAAUAGAAAGAUUUAUAAGUGGUUUUGUUCAUUUUUGUUACUAUCGACAUUAUUCAUCUACCGGAAAAAUGUGCAUGAAUUGUGGUAAUAAUUAUAUUUGUUAUGUAAAUAAAUUAACUAAUAUAUUAAAUUCUAAUUAUACGAAAAUAGUAAAAACACCUCAACCAGUAAAAUUACAUUUUUUUCCUCAAACAAUGUAA